AUGGCGGACUCCUGGAGCUCUGGAGCUGUGCUUUUACCAGCCGCGCCGGACUCAAAUUGGUGGGACAGGAAGGCAUUCUCCGGAGCAGUGGUCGCGAAGUGUGAGAAGAACAGCUGCUACAGGAUGUACUACUAUGGACGAGCAAGGGACGAGUGGAACUUUGGUGUCAAGCCUUUCAACGUUUUCCUGCCAACGGGCCGCAUCGGGAUGGCUACAAGCGAAGAUGGUUACAGGUUCGAGCGAGCCAAAGGCCCGCUGUACGAAGGAGCCGUGAUGGAUCCGUCAGAUGAUCCGUCGGCGUUCGACGCGGUGCAUAUCGGCGUCGGGGACGUGAUCCGUCACAACGACAGGUGGUGGAUGUUCUACUUUGGAGCAGGCAUGGAGGAAGUGGCACUGUUUGGGAGCGUGCGGAGGGGUGUGAAGCUCCAGAGUGGGGUCGCAACGUCGGAAGAUGGACUGAACUUCGAGAGGAUUGAGAAGCCGGUGCUAUGCGUCGGGAAAGAGGGAGAGUGGGAUCAAAACGGGGCAUCGUGGCCGAGAGUUCUUCCUCCCCGGACAGCAGGAGAUAAGUGGCUCAUGAGCUACCACACGCGAGAGAACGGAGGCCACAACAACAUGGGCUUCUUCUCAGCUGGAGUUGCGACCUCGGACGAUGGCCUGUUGUGGCACAAGCAGGGAAAGGUGCUGGAGUGUGGCAAGCCCGGUUCGUGGGACGAAGGUGGCGUGUCCGUGCGGCAUGUCUUGAGGAUCGGAGACGAGUUCGUCAUGUUCUACGAGGGAUCCAACUAUCAGUACGAGUUUGCGAUCGGGCUGGCGACGUCGGAGGAUGGUUUAGUGUGGAGGAGAGACGAGCAGUGCGGAGACGAGCCCGGGGGUCCGAUCUUGAGAGCUCGGCGAGGGGAGGAGGUGUGGGACAAUUGGAUCGUUGCUACUCCCUAUGUGGUGAAGAUGGAAGAUGGGAGCUUGAGAAUGUAUUAUCUGGGGGUGGGGAAGAAGGAGGGCGAGGAGCAGCAGCAGCAGGGGAUUGGACUGGCGCUGAGUGAUGGCGAUUUUAGAACUUGGAAGAGAUACUGUGUCCCUUUUGAAAAGUUUGGAUUAUAA